GAAGUUGGAUAUAGGAGCGAUGAAAGUGAUCAAUGAACGCCAGCGAAUAACAGUUUUUGCGACGAUCUCGUUUCCGAGGGUUCUAGAAGCAGGACGCCGGGGUUUGCUAUAGAAUAUCAUACAAAAGAAUAAACAAGUUGGAUAUUGGCAUAAUGCGAUGCCUCUGUGCUCGGUUGCAGUCGAUGCAAGCAUGCUGUUCGUGAAUUUUUGCUGUGUGGAACAAAUACGUAGAACACGCCCAUCCGCGAGUCCACCUGCUUUCGUGAUGUUUGACGGCGGAAGUGGUGACAGUGGCCCGCCAGGAGGCGACCUCGGACCCCCCGGAGGUCCACCAGGACCGCCUGGGGGCCCACCGUUCAUGGGAGGACGUCCGCCAUUUCGGCCGCCGUUCGUGCCUCCGAUGGGACCAAUGAUGCGUCACGGUCCGCCAGGACACAUGCGAGGCCCUCCAGGCUUUAUGGGGGGUCCUCGAGGCCCACCAAGACAUCACAUGCCGCCACCACAUAUGAUGGGUGGUGGACCCAUGAUGGGCGGCCCGCCGAUGAUGCCUACUGGUAUGCCCCCAAUGGGAGUCAACGGUAAUCUCGGUGGAGGUGGAGACGCUAUCAAAACUACACCAGCAAUCGAUCCUGCUGCCGAAAUUUGGGUCGAAACGCGAACAAAAGAAGGGAAGCUAUACUUCUUUAACGCAAAAACACGUGCCAGCGCAUGGACAAGACCCACAGGCGAUGGUAUCCAGGUGCUCAGUCAAGAACAGGUAGAACAGCUGGCCAAGAGUAAAGCGAAGGCCGCAUCGUCACCUGCAGCCGCACACAAUAACAGUAACAAUUCUGGGACACCGAAAUCGGAAGGCGCUUCCGAAGGUGCGGGCAGCAACGGACAGCAAGCCAACGGAUCUCCAGAUGAAGCUGUCGAAGAUGGUCCACCAGGUGACGAAAGACCACCAGGCGAAAGCGAGGAAAGACCAGCCACAAGGGACGCGCCUCCAGGUAGUAUGGUAGCAUCUAACGGGGGCCCACAUGCAAGUCAUCUGGGAGGACCACCUGGCCUUCAUUCUGUAGGACCACCUGGAGGGCCUCACUCAGGACCCCACGGAGGUCCACCGGGUGGACCACAUGGGGGACCGCACGGUGGACCACUAGGGGGGCCUCACGGAGGACCUCACGGAGGACCUCCAGUGGGCAUGGGUGGACCGCCUCCGCACAUGAUGCGUGGACCAGGACAUAUGGGACCUUACAGAAUGCGUCCACCUUUCGGUAUGCCUCCCUUUGGCGGUCCACCUUUCGGAAUGGGUCCACCUGGAGGCCCACCUGGCUUUAAUCAGGGCGGUUUCCCAGGCGGUCCUCCUCCUCCGCCAUUCAUGAUGAUGGGUGGCCCACCUGGAGGCCCGCCUGGUGCUUUUGGGGGCGGUGGUGGCCCGCCUGGCAUGGGAAUGUUUCCGAACCCUGCACUCGGAGCUCAAAUGGGCGGCCAGAACAUGGCGCCCGGACUCGACCAGCAAGCAACAGGGUUUCCAGGCGUUGGUGGGGUAGGCGUCAAACCGGAUGAGUUAGGCUCAACCAAGGAUGAUUCGACGGGCGCUCCUGGUGUUUCUACCGGAGCAAUUGAUGGCGACCUUUUAGGGGGCAGCGGCAACACCGAGAUAGACCCAGAAGUCCGGCGGAAGGCUGAUGAAUGGAAGGAAUAUAAAACGCCAGAAGGCAAGAGCUAUUUCCACUGUACAGGAAAUAACACAACUCAAUGGGAAAAGCCGCAGGCUCUCGUCGAUCUUGAAAAUGAGGAGAAAAGGGUGAAAGAGCUCCAGGAGCGGUUAGAUGCGAAGAAAGCUCGUGAAGUAGCGGCUGCCGCUCUUUCAAAUCCUGCGCUAGCCCAGCUUGCUAACAAUCCUGCGGGACUCGCAGGUCUUGGUGGUAUCAUGGGUCUGGGUGCAUUAGGUGCGUCUGCCAGCACUCAGCAAGCGACGCAAGCAACUGAAAUCAAACCCGAAGAAAAGCCACGUGAUAAGACCAAACCCGUCAGCUCAACACCCGUACAGGGUACUCCAUGGUGCGUCGUUUGGACAGGUGACGAAAAGGUAUUCUUCUUUAAUCCCACGACGAAGACAUCUGUGUGGGAACGUCCAAUUGAGCUGCAAGGUCGUUCAGACGUUGACAAGCUUGUCAGUUCACCCCCAUCGUCCACCAAGGAUGAAGCCGAUGCUGCAGCUCAGUCGACACAGAAGCGCCCAGCUCCCUCAAACGUUACAACCGCUAAAGAUGAAGAGUCGGAGUCACCGCAAAAGCGACCUCGUGUAGAAGAUUCGCCUCAGGACAAAGAAGCUCCAGAAUCUGAUGAUAAGAUGAACAAACCUGUUGAAGAGCUAGUAAAGGAAGAUCCUAUGGCGGCCGAAAAGAAAGCCGCUCGUGAAAGAGCGCUUUUACCGCUGGAGGAAAGAAUGGCACAGUUUAGUCAGAUGCUCGUUGAGAACGAGGUGUCUGCAUUCAGCACUUGGGAGAAGGAAUUACACAAAAUUGUGUUCGACCCACGAUAUCUCCUCUUGUUGUCCAAGGAGCGUCGCCAAGUCUUCGAGAAGUACUGCAAGGAUAAGGUCGAAGAAGAACGCAAGGAAAAGAAGAAUAGAGCAAAACAACUAAAGGAAGCGUUUAAAGACCUUUUGGAAGAAUCAAAUCUGAGCUCUCGAAGUAGCUUCUCGGAAUUCGCAUCUAAACACGGUAAAGAUGACAGGUUUAAAGGUGUCGAGAAGAUGCGCGACAGGGAAAGCCUUUUCAACGACCAUCUAGCUGAGGUUAAACGGCGUGAACGGGAAGAAAAGAGCGCGCUAAAAGACAAGGUGAGUGACAGAUCCUAUUUUUUCAGUGUGCUGUGGGCACUGUCUGUAAUGUGCAGCAACGUUGUUUCUUGUUUUUUGAAGUGCUCAAAUGAACGAAUACGAUCGUAUCAAAUCGAGGUUUUAAGCAUUACCAAGGCGAAAAAUUGCUAUGUUGGAAUAUAUCCCGAUUUGAUUCAAUUUUAGGCUUCUAGACGAUUACCGUUCUUCUGUGUUACGAGUCGAAUUAUUUCUUAACGCGUAUUGUUGGGAAUCUAAAAUUUCAAACUACUACAGGAGUAAGGUAAAUUUACCAACGUAAAUUCCUGAAGUUGUUAUCGGCAAAUUAGCGUUUGUUAAUUCACGAUAGUCCUAGACGAGCGUCCUGUACAAGAGCUCUACUUCGACAUCAACAAUCGUUGUGGUAAAUACAAUGGUUUUCUGUCUACUAAUGUAAUUAAUGCUUCAACUACAGUAGAAAUGUCUGCCUUGAAAUGAAUUCUGAUAUUAUCAUGUUCUUUCCUUGUGUUUUUUUUAAGAAUGUCAGGAAAGAUGCGUUUAUCCUCGAGCCGUUGCAGAUGGUUUUUUCAAUCUGAAAUUGAAUUUGUUAAAAGUACGAACAAGUAUUCGUUGGUUCAUUUUAGGCAGAUGAUGAGAUGCUUAAAGCAUUUAUUCAAAAUUACUGGGUUACAGAAAAAUGGAAAAAAUAGAUUACCCUUUAAGUCGAUUUUAAAUUUCCGGAAAUAAAAGGAAUCAUGGUUUUUGCUAAAAAUCAUAUUCCAAAUGCUGGCGUGACUCACAGAUGUCAACGGAAAACCUUAAUUAUGAAGAUCACAAUCCCUGGAAACCACAAAAUUGUAACGUGCUAUUUUGUAGGACUUAUUAGUGCGAUGUAUCAAUAUAGGUACGCGUACCCUGCUGUAUGGCACUGGCUCGUUUAUUCAUAUUUUGGGCUUUACGUAAAUCAGUGUAUUCUUUUAUGCAGCAUGAGCAACGUUGUCGUACAUUGCUACACAAAUAUGUUUGAAGUGGGCGUCUUUGUGACCAGUGGAGCAACCUUGCAAUACUUAUUUGCUUAUUGAGCGAAGACUUACGUUAUCAGUAUUGCCUUAAUCAGGUCUAGUUACGUACAUUGCAAGGUCACUUCACCGAUUAUGGCAAGCUUUAGUAGCUUCAAAUGUUUAAACAUGAUAAGACUAUAACAGUCUAUGUGGUAUAUAAUUUAGUCAUUUGAGACGUUAAAAAUGAAUUUUUAUAUUGUGCUAAUAUAAUAUUCUAGUUUUAAGAAGAGCCAGUUGUAUUUAGUGUUAGAGAAUGUAUUUGAUUUAAACCACUAUCCUGAACUGUUUUGUUUGCUAUUAAUAAAAUGAUUCGCGGCUGAGUUCUAUUUUUUCUUCUUGACGAGCUGAGAAGCCAUAACAACUGCACAUAUAAAAUGUACGAACACUAUCUCGCGCCACCCCUCACGACAAACAGGCGAAAACUGGACAGGAGAGUUGGGCGGUAACCCGUGUGAACAUUAUGGACAUUCGCUUCGACAAUGUUCAGUCCACUGCCAGGAGGUACA